AGGGCGGCGAGGAGGGUUCAGUCACUUCCCCUGGAGCCGCCCCGCGCGUGUGUCGCUCGCAUCCGUAACAGCAACAACGGCAGCAGCGGCAGCAGCUUAACCGACAGCCACCGCCACCCGACUGGACCGUGCUGUUGCAAGAAGCACGUAGCAGCAGUGUUUUAGCUUUUCGCAGGCGAAAAUUAUCGAGAGUUUAAAACGAAACACAAUUUUAUUUAUAAUACUGUAUAUAGUGAGGUUCAGGCUGUAAGGACGAGGGCGCUCGGUCGGUAAAGAGCCGUUGGCUCGCACCAGCAGCGCUUAACUGCUGUGGUUGAUUUAUUCUAAGUUUAGUUUUGAGGAUUUGUUAAAGAGGCGACGGACGAUGCUGGACGAGAGCGACCUGGAGAACGUGAAUUGUGGAGCAGCGUCCAACGAAAACCUGACCGGGCCAUCGGGCUCGUCCGUUCCCGUGAUGGGCGGCAAGAGGACGGCCCUAGGAAUGCUGAACAAUAACGCCUUCAACUCCCACAACAUCAAUGCCCAGGGCCGGGUACAGCCUCUACGAGCGGCCAAGAAGACGCAGGGUGGGACGAGCUCCGUGUUCAGUGGCAUUGACGAGAACCUGGUGCCGUUGAAGCCGGUGGCAUGCAAGCGGAAGGAGUCUCAGGCUUUCACAAUACACGAGGACGAUGGCGCGAGUGGAACUGACGUGACGGACGGGGCCCGGCUGGGCGGUUGGGUUUCCGCCGUCACCACAAAAUCGUCAGCCGCCCCGAUAGAGCGGACUACCCUGCCGGCCUCCGUGGUGGCCUUGGGUGUUAGGCAGCCCCUGGCCACGCUGUCUAUGUCCACUGGCUCCCGCGGGAUCUCCCUGGACGUGUCCAUGGAUGAAAGUUCCCCAAUGGUCCUCGACUCCUCUUCCACUGAGAGCCCAGACUCGCCGACGUUGGACGACCUCGUUUUGGGGACGUACGGCAAGGAGAUCUACCAGUACCUGCAGAAAGCGGAGCUGCGCUGCAAACCGAAGGCCGGCUACAUGCGGAAGCAGCCAGACAUCACGACCAGCAUGCGCUCCAUCCUGGUGGACUGGUUGGUUGAGGUGGUGGAGGAGUACAAAUUGCACAGCGAGACGCUCUACCUCGCCGUCAACUACAUCGACCGCUUCCUCUCCUCCAUGUCGGUGCUUCGUGGCAAACUGCAACUCGUCGGCACAGCCGCGAUGUACCUCGCCGCAAAAUUUGAGGAGAUCUACCCACCUGAGGUGAGCGAGUUUGUGUUCAUCACCGAUGACACCUACACCAAGCAGCAGGUGCUGCGCAUGGAGCACCUCAUCCUCAGGGUGCUGUCCUUCGAGGUGGCCAGUCCCACCAUCAUGCAGUUCCUCACACAGUACCUGAAGCUCGGCGGAGCCUGCUGUCGCACAAGAAACCUCUCCAUGUACCUGUCAGAGAUGAGCUUGCUGGAGGUGGAUCCCUACCUGCAGUACCUCCCUUCACUGCUGGCUGCAGCUGCAUUCACACUGGCCAACUACACCAUCUCUGGCCUCUUGUGGCCCAGCACCCUGGCCGAGUUCACAGGAUACACACUGGAGGACAUCAGGCCGUGCUUGGCGCACCUGCACCAGACGUUUGUCGGGGCUGCGACGCAUGCGCAGCAGUCUAUCCGCGAGAAGUACAAGAGCUCCAAGUAUCAGAUGGCGUCAUUGAUUGAGCCGCCAACGAACCUUCCGCAAGCCUGACUUCACGGUGGCACGACCACCCAGGUUUCCCGCGUGGAGCACACUGGCUCGCUUGCCGAUUUCCAACUUGGAAUAUCAUGGCACAUUUGUGGCGAAUGAUUGCGCGAGUCCCUCUAACUGAUGGUCCUGACUGAAAAAGGUGGGAGGUGGGGUGGUGGAGCAGCAGACGGACGAACGCACGGAGUCUUAGUUUAGAUUUUGAGAAUGCCGAUGUGACAGAGAAUGCAAUCCUGACACAUGCCUGCCAUGGUUUGUAUUUGCGCCCUCGUUUUCACACUCGAUGCAACGUAUUUGUGGACACAUGUUUUAAUGUUUCAUACUACAUCAUUUUUAAUAAACGUAAUGUUUUACAAUUUCGUCUUAUUUUUUACACUCUUGUACAGUGCGUGUACGAUUAAUUAUCAGCUGUUAAUGUGUGCAUUUUUUAGUUUACAAAAUAAAUUGUACCACGAAA